AUGGCGAACAACGCAAGUUUGACAUGGACCACCUUCGGUGUGGCCGUCUGUGCCGCAUUGGGAACGUUCCUCUUCGGCUUUGAUACAGGCAUCAUCACCACGACUAUUGCACAUGCGAGCUUCACCGAGUACAUGGACAAUCCUUCGUCCGCAAUCACUGGUGCCAUCGUCUCAUCUUACAUUGGAGGUGAAGCAGUGGGCUCAAUUAUCACAAUCAUUCUGGGCGACAAACUUGGAAGGACGCGGUAUAUGCAAGUCCUUAGUGUUCUGGUUACGAUCGCCGUCAUCAUUCAGACCGCAGCAGUGAACAUGGGGAUCUUCCUGGCCGGCCGAGCUCUUGCUGGUAUUGCUGUCGGUGGCAUGUACUCGACUGUCCCUGUCUAUCUCUCCGAAAUUGCGGCACCCAACGUUCGUGGCUUGGUGGGAGGUCUUGCAGGACUUGGAAUCUCCUGCGGCAUCAUGAUCUCAAACUGGGUCGGCUUCGCCUGCGGCUACGCUCCGUAUGGACAGGUACAGUGGCGUCUCCCGUUGGCUCUGCAGGCUCCAUGGGGCAUCAUACUGUUUAUUGGCCUUUCCACAUUCAUUCCGGAUUCGCCACGCCAUCUGGUCCGGAUCGGCAAUGUAGCAGCAGCGCGAAACGCUUUUCAACGCGUGAGAGCUGAUCUGGGCUCUGACGAAUCCGAGAGCGAGUUCAGACUCAUGCAGUCGCAGAUCGAAUAUGAGAAGGAGCGCGAGCUGAAGUCAUACAAGGAUGCCUUCCGGCUAUAUCAGCAUCGUGUAUUCUGCUCCAUUGCGGUCAACGUGCUCACCACCAUCACUGGAGUCAAUGUCAUUCAGUACUUCCAGACACGUCUAUACCGGGAUCUGGGCAUGACUGGAAACACAGUUCUUGCACUAGCUGCUGCGUGGGGUACCACGGGCUUUCUCUCGAAUGCACUCAGUUUGAGAUUCCUGGCAGACCGCUUCAAUCGAAGGACCAUGCUCUUGUCUGGCCUCACGCUCGUUGCUGUCAUCGACAUCUACAGCGCCGUCAUGCAGCGUGAAUUCCAAGGCACGGAUAACAACGUUGGCCAGGGCUUUGCUAUUCUCGGCAUCUACCUAUUUGUGGUGGCAUACUAUGCCACUAUCAACAGCACCACACCUGUCUACAUGGUCGAAUGUGUGCCAAUCUCGAUUCGUGCCCGGAUCGUCGGUUUGUCAUGUGCCAUCAAGUUUGCCAUCAAUGCAGGAUUGAAUCAGGCUGCCCCGACAGCGUUCGCCAAUAUUCGCGAACAUUACUACUAUGUCUUUGUUGGCUUGUGUAUAAUUUGGGCCGUCGGCAUCUAUUUCUACUUCCCGGAGACCCGAGGGAAGACUCUGGAGGAGGUCGCAGCUGCUUUCGGCGACAAGGUUGUCGAUAUUGACAGUAUUACACCUUCACAGCAGAGUCCGAGCGAUCGGAAGAGCAGUGGAGCCUCCCACAUGGAGGCUGGGUUGGCUGCUGAUCAGAAGGUGUGA